AUGGAGAGGGACACUGGUCAACUAGGACCUGACGAUGGGGAUCUAUUUCCUACUCAAGUCAUUGGGGGUUUACGAUUGGAGUCGCACACUGGUACGACAAUAUGUACGAGGACGACAGUGUGCGACGCUUCCCCAAUUGGUGUCCUGCUCACUCGUAAAUGGAAAGGCGAGGAGCAGAAGCGGGUAACCCUGACGAAGGAGAUUACGCCGGUUGUUGCAAAUACUCACGACACCAUUCAAUAUAUUCAAGCCCGCCUGUACAGUGGCCCCUCGCUGCCUGUCAUCGUUCGCAAGCUACGGUCUGAUAGGACGUUCAAGAAUGAGCUGGCUGCGCGGAGUGCUUACAGCACCCUGAUGCCUCCGUUAAAGCUCCGCAUGACACGAUUUGGCACAUGCUACUGGCACAAAGUCUCGACAUUUUGCCAAUCCGUUGCAAAUUUCAUGGGCCAAAUCCAUGAGCUUGUGGGCCUUAUCCAAGGUUCGGCGGGCACAGGCAAGACGACAUUCGCGGUCAAGCUGUGCACAGUAUUUGCCCAGCAUUACACCAUCGACUGGCCUUGCCAGGUCUCUUACUGCCUUUCACUGAACGAGAGGACCUGGGUCGAUGAUAGCUAUUAUCAGCAUGAAAUUAUCUACCAAGCAGAAUUCUGCGACCAUGUGGAUACGUCUCUUACAUCUAUCUAUUACUAUGUCAUCGUGAUUGUUCUGACGCGGCCCAACAUCAUGAUAGGGCAAGGAACGAGUCUUCUGUAA